GAAAUAUGACCAUAAAGCCAUAUUAAGAAUAACUGGCAGUCUGAACAUGCCUCCAAAAUUGGAUGCACUUUGAUUUUCUGCCAGUAACCAUCUAUUUUAAGCACACUGGGAUUUUAUAACAUCUGUGCAGCAAUAUAAUUGUAGCGUAAACAGUUGACAUUUAGUGGACAAAUAAUGCCUCUGACAAUAACAGCUUCAGCAAAUACUCAAGACAAACACUUAAGUGAAAUUUAUGCACUAAUAUUCCAUAAUGAAAAACUCUACAGUGCUGCUGUAGAUGGGAAAAUAAAGGUAUGGCAUCCAAGUCUUCAACUGGAAACUGAAUUUCAAGCCCAUGAAUCAGCAAUUUAUCAUAUUGCUGCAAUGAAGAACACCUUAUAUUCCUGUUCCAAUGAUGGAACAAUUCAAGCUUGGAGUAUUGACUCACUGAAACAUAUGAAAACAUUAUUACAGUCAUCUGAAGAAGAAAUCUUACGUCUUUAUGUUAUUGAUGGAAGACUAUAUUCAGGAAAUGACAAAGGCAUUCUGUCUUUUUGGGAAAAUGACACACUAAUUUGUCAAUUUAAUAUGGUGGAAGAAAUACGUGAUUUCUCAGUUGCUGACAAAUUUAUAUAUACUGUGAGAGACAGGGAUGUGUGCAUCAACGAGCUCUUGCCUGGUGACAGAGGAAGAUAUGUAACACGAAUUACUCUGGAAGGAAGCAGCCCAUUAUGUAUUGUUGGAAAUAAGUUAUGUUUUGCAACUCGAUCAGGCAACAAUAUCUGCAUUCAUGACAACAGCAAAGCAAGCAACUUCAAAAAACUUGGUCAGAUACAGGCACAUGAGCUGAUUCUGAAUGCUGUAUGUGGUUUUGAAGAUUCUACUUUAUUCAGUGGUGGCUAUGAUGGGAAGAUAAAACAGUGGAACCUGGACACAUUGGAGUGUGUGAGCACAUGUGAAGUAGGUUUUUGUAUCAAUUCUAUUUGCAUUGGAUCUAAAGGGCAGGUGUAUGUAGCAGGGGAUAAUGGAUUUCUCAACAGACUUGAUAACAAGUAAUCAGAAGACAUCAAGAAAAUGGAUUAAUGAAUAAUAUGCACUUUGGCUGAAUUAAACAAUAUGUGUAAGUUCCAGAAACUAAAAAUGCUACUGUAUUGUUAUUUAAUACUUUUCCUGGCAUACAUAGAGAAAUACAAAUAAAACCUACUUCAAGAGAUUAUUUAAAUAUUUCAAAUUUCAAAAUAAAUGUCCAUUUAAGUAUGUAGUAAAGUCAAAAAGUUUCACUUUUGUUCAUUUUAGCUUUUUACAGCACACUGCCUUUUAAGUAUUUCUCAUCCACUGCCAUGCAUUUCUGCCAGCACCUGUAACAAUGUUGUUAAAAAUUCCUAUUACCAAGCCUAAUAUAUGUUUCAAAAUGUC